GGCGGCCGCUGCCAUGCGGCUGGCGCUGCUCUGGGCGCUGGGGCUCCUGGGUGCUGGCAGCCCUCUGCCCUCCCGGCUGCUCCCCAACGUAGGUGGAACUGAGAAGCAGGUGAAGCCAGAGAGAUCCCUGAGCGGGCCCUUGGAGCCCCAGCACCUACAGCCCCGCCUUCCGCUCAGCCUGGUGGAAGUGCUUCAGACCAGUCCACCUGAGGCCCUGCGGGUCAAGUUGGAGCUGGAGGGGGAGAACCACAUCCUGGAGCUGCUGAAGAACAGGGAUCUGGUCCCAGGCCGCCCAACCCUGGUGUGGUAUCAGCCCAACGGCACCAGGGUGGUCAGUGAGGGGCAUAUGCUGGAAAGCUGCUGCUACCAGGGACAUGUGCAUGGCCACACAGACUCCUGGGCUUCCCUCUGCACCUGCUCGGGGCUCAGGGGCUUGGUGGUCCUGUCCCCAGAGAGAAGCUAUGCCCUGGAGUUGGGGCCUGGGGACCCUCAGGGUCCUCCCAAGAUCUUCAGGAUCCAAGACCUCCUCCUGCCAGGCCACACCUGCGCAGGGCGCCAGACUGUACCCAUGCCCACCCAUGCCCCACCUGAGCAGCCCUGGAGGCAGCGCCACACUCGCCCCCAGGAGAGGUGGAGGCGGGAUGUGGUGACAGAGGCCAAAAUUGUCGAGUUGGUGAUUGUAGCCGACUAUUCAGAGGUCCAGCGGUACCCGGGCUUCCAGCGCCUGCUGAACCGCACACUGGAAGUGGCCCUCCUUCUGGACACAUUCUUCCGGCUCCUGAAUGUACGGGUAGCACUAGUGGGCCUGGAGGCCUGGACCCAGAGGGACCUGGUGGAGAUAAGCCCGAACCCAAGUGUCACAUUAGACAACUUCCUCCGAUGGCGCCGGGCAGAGUUGCUGCCCCGAUUACCCCAUGACAGUGCCCAGCUGGUGACGGCCACUUCAUUCUCUGGGCCCAUGGUGGGCAUGGCCAUUCAGAGCUCCAUCUGCUCUCCGGACUUCUCGGGAGGUGUGAACAUGGACCACUCCAUAAGCAUUCUGGGGGUUGCCUCCUCGAUAGCCCAUGAGCUGGGCCACAGUCUGGGCCUGGACCACCACCCACCUGGAAGCAGCUGCCCUUGUCCAGGUCCAGUCCCGGCCAAGAGCUGCAUCAUGGAGGCCUCCACCGACUUCCUGCCAGGCCUGAACUUCAGUAACUGCAGCCGCCUGGCCCUGGAGAAGGCGCUCGUGGGGGGCCUGGGCAGCUGCCUCUUCAACCCGCCGUCCAGCCUGGUCCCUGCAGAGCCUUUCUGCGGAAAUCUGUUCCUGGAGCCGGGAGAGCAGUGCGAUUGUGGCUUUCCAGGUGACUGCACGGACCCCUGCUGCGACCCCUUCAUCUGCCAGCUGAGGCCACGGGCACAGUGUGCAUCCAAUGGGCCCUGCUGUCAGAACUGCCAGCUGCGUCCGGCUGGCUGGCAGUGCCGCCCCGCCAGAGGUGACUGUGACUUGCCAGAGUUCUGCCCAGGAGACAGCUCCCAGUGUCCCCCUGACGUCAGCCUGGGGGACGGUGAGCCCUGCGAUGGCGGACAGGCCGUGUGCAUGCAGGGACGCUGUGCCUCCUAUGCCCAGCAGUGCCAGGCACUCUGGGGCACCGGGGCCCAGCCAGCUGCACCCCUUUGCCUCCUUACCGCCAAUACUCGGGGGGAUGCCUUUGGGAGCUGUGGCCGCAACUCCAAGGGCAGCUACGUGUCCUGCAGCCCUAGAGAUGCAAUCUGUGGGCAGCUCCAAUGCCAGCACGGUGGGACACAGCCUUUGCUGGGCUCCGCCCGGGAACUGAACUGGGAGAUGCUGGAUGUCAACGGAACCCAGCUGAAUUGCAGCCGGGUGCACCUGGACCUGGGCAACGAUGUGGCCCAGCCCCUCCUGACUCUGCCUGGCACAGCCUGUGGCCCUGGCCUGGUAUGCAUUGACCAUCAGUGCCAGUCCGUGGAUCUCCUGGGGGCACAGCAAUGUCGAAGCAAGUGCCAUGGGCAUGGGGUCUGCGACAGCCACCAGCACUGCCACUGUGAGAAGGGAUGGGCACCCCCUGACUGCGCCACCCAGAUGAGAGAAACCAGCUCUCUGAACACAGGCCUGCUCCUGAGCCUUCUGUUACUGCUGGUUCUGGUGCUGCUCGGUGCCAGCUACUGGCACCGUGCCCGCCUGCGCCAACAGCUCUGCCAGCUCAAGGGGCCCAGCUGCCAGUACAGGGCAGCCCAGGCUGCUCCCCUGGAGCGCCCAGGACCCCCGCAGAGGACCCUGCUCGUGCCGAACACCCAGCAGACUAGUGCUCUGGGCUUCCCGGCCCCCCCUUCCAGGCCGCUGCCACCUGACCCUGUGCCCAAGAGACUGCAGACCAAGCUGGCUGACCGACCCAACCCCCCCACACGCCCUCUGCCCGCUGACCCGGUGGUGAGGCGCCCGAAGUCUCCGGGGACUACCAAGCCCCCGCCCCCGCGGAAGCCAUUGCCUUCCGACCCCCCGGAUCGGGGCCCACCGGAUAGGCUGGCUGGCCCAGGAACUGGGAUCCCACCCCAGAUGAUACCUUCCAGGCCCGCACCACCGCCCCCAGCAGGGUCCUCGCUCUACCCCUGACCUCUCUGAGGGGUCUGCGGCUUCCAACCCGGAUUUAGAAGCACUUCAAGAGGCAGAUCCGCCCACUAGACUCUCCGAGAUGACUGAAGGGCCCGGAGCCUGGACACUGUCUUUGUACCCUGUCAUCUGAGCAGGUGUCUCCCCACGAGCAAUCAAAGGGCAUCCAGCGGGCCCGCCACGCGGAGGUGGACGGGCGGGGCUGGGAGCCGGACAGGGCAGGGGGAGGUGAGCAGAGCCUGUCUGCCUGCCCGCCCGCUCAGUGGCUGUAAUAAACGUGCGAUCUUGGAA